AUGGUGUCGCUUUUAACUGACGUGGACCCAGCGAUGGUUUGCAAAGAAAAAGAUGUAGUAAAGAGGAUCAGGGAUAAGUAUCCAGAUGUAAUGGACAGCUUGGUCAAGUUGAUUAAUUUUAUGAGAUCAUAUUCUGCUCUUCAGCACCGACAGUUGAACUGUUUCUGUGAUUCAGCGUAUUCUGACUUACUACAACACAACAAUGUUCGUUGGCUAAGUAAAGGUCAAGUUAUUGAACGUAUUUGGCUAGUAAAAGAACAAGUAACCUCCUUUUUGCAAAACUUGGAUACGCAGGGAGCAAGGAAGCACUUGGAGUUCAUAACAAACGAGCGCAAUAUGCUAGCUGUCGCUUUUCUGAAAAAUAUUCUGAACUAUUUAAAGAAAACUGAAGAAGACAUUGCAGUAUGUUUAAGACUUAGGAACGAAUUUGCUACAAGAUUCCAAGACUUUGCAAAGCUGUCUUAA